GAAGAUGUGUGUCACUGUGUCUGUGGGGGUCCUGCCUAGGAGCCACCCCCUAGCCCACCUUCCUCCCCUGGCUCUGUGGCUCCCUCCCAGGCAGUGGCCCUGCCCCUCCCCUCUUCUCCGUUCUCUCUCCCCGCCCAGUCUGUGCGGGGGAGCUGGUGCUGUGGCCCACCCCCCCAACCCUCCCCAUCCAAGCCCUAUAAAUAGCAGCAGAGCCAGAGCCGGAGCCGGAGCUGGAGCCGGCGCCAGCGGCUGGAGCAGCAAGGGAGUCAAGGCCAAGACUGGAGGGCCAGAGCGAGGAGCCCCCGACUGAGAGCCCAGUGACAUGUCGGACUCUGAGAUGGGAUGGAUGCCUGAGUCCCCAGCCAUGACACUGGGGGCCUCAAGGGUGGAGCUGCGGGUGUCUUGCCAUGGUCUCUUGGACCGAGACACACUCACCAAGCCCCACCCCUGCGUGCUGCUCAAGCUCUACUCCGAUGAGCAGUGGAUAGAGGUGGAGCGCACAGAGGUGCUGCGCUCCUGCUCUAGCCCUGUCUUCUCCCGGGUGCUGGCCCUCGAGUACUUUUUUGAGGAAAAGCAGCCGCUGCAGUUCCAUGUAUUUGACGCUGAGGAUGGAGCCACCAGCCCCCGAAAUGACACCUUUCUUGGCUCUGCAGAGUGCACCUUGGGCCAGAUUGUGUCACAAACCAAGGUCACUAAGCCAUUACUGCUGAAGAAUGGGAAGACAGCGGGCAAGUCCACCAUCACGAUUGUGGCUGAGGAGGUAUCUGGCACCAACGACUAUGUGCAACUCACCUUCAGAGCCCAUAAGCUGGACAACAAGGAUCUGUUCAGCAAGUCUGACCCUUUCAUGGAGAUCUACAAGACCAGUGGGGAUCAGAAUGACCAGCUGGUCUGGAGGACCGAGGUGGUGAAGAACAACCUGAACCCCAGCUGGGAGCCAUUCCGCCUGUCCCUGCACUCCCUAUGCAGCUGUGAUGUCCACCGGCCUCUCAAGUUCCUGGUGUUUGACUAUGACUCCAGUGGGAAGCAUGACUUCAUUGGCGAGUUCACCAGCAGCUUCCAGGAGAUGCAGGAAGGGACAGCAAAUCCUGGGCAGGAGAUGCAGUGGGACUGUAUCAACCCCAAGUACCGGGACAAGAAGAAGAAUUACAAGAGCUCAGGAACUGUAGUGCUGGCCCAGUGCACGGUUGAGAAGGUGCACACCUUCCUGGACUACAUAAUGGGCGGCUGCCAGAUCAGCUUCACGGUGGCCAUUGACUUCACCGCCUCCAAUGGGGACCCAAGAAGCAGCCAGUCCCUGCACUGCCUCAGCCCCCGCCAGCCCAACCACUACCUGCAGGCCUUGCGUGCCGUUGGAGGUAUCUGCCAGGACUAUGACAGUGAUAAACGGUUCCCAGCGUUUGGCUUUGGGGCUCGAAUCCCCCCCAACUUCGAGGUGUCCCACGACUUUGCUAUAAACUUUGACCCAGAAAAUCCUGAAUGUGAAGAGAUCUCGGGGGUCAUCACUUCCUACCGUCGCUGCCUGCCCCAGAUCCAGCUCUAUGGCCCCACCAACGUGGCCCCCAUCAUCAACCGCGUGGCUGAGCCGGCCCAGCGGGAGCAGAGCACUGGCCAAGCCACGAAGUACUCUGUGCUGCUGGUGCUCACGGAUGGCGUGGUAAGCGACAUGGCCGAGACCCGCGCCGCCAUCGUGCACGCCUCCCGCCUGCCCAUGUCUAUCAUCAUCGUGGGCGUGGGCAAUGCCGACUUCUCGGACAUGCGGCUGCUAGAUGGCGACGACGGUCCCUUGCGCUGCCCCCGAGGGGUGCCCGCGGCCCGCGACAUCGUCCAGUUCGUGCCCUUCCGGGACUUCAAGGAUGCCCCACCGUCUGCGCUAGCUAAGUGCGUCCUGGCGGAGGUGCCGCGGCAGGUGGUGGAGUACUACGCCAGCCAGGGAAUCAGUCCCGGGGUUCCCAGGCCCGGCACGCCAGCCACGACCCCUCCCCUAGCCCCUGACGCCACCCACCGGACCCACACUCCCUCAGCCUCUCAGUGCCUGUCCGAACCCUUGUGACUCAAGUGACCAGUGCCUCUGCGUCUUGGACAAGCUGUGCUCCUCUGGGUCCUGGAAGUGAAUGGUGGGCCCUGUCCCCACUUCCCCAGGCCCCACGCCCCUCAGCCUUGUGGCCCCCUAGUGACUUCCUUCAGUGAUCCUGACUUUCUGGCUGUUAAUAAAGGAAACUAUUCUAAGCCACCUCAGCCUCUA